AGUCCACUAAGAUCACGUUAAGGCAGCAUCGCUAAUCUCAAGACAGUUGAUCCUAAGUUGACUUAGAGAAUCUUCUCUUCUAAACCAGGGCCAAGGACUGCCAAUUCGGGGAUUGCGUGUCCUGCUUUUUACUGUUUACGUCGCCCUCCGCACUAACGCGCAUGGGGCAAAAGCAAAACACAAACCGCCGAGAAUCCACCACCAGCUCGACUUGAUACCACAGAGCUUCUCCAAAGCUCCUUUACAGCUCUGAUAACGACUUAUGGCCUGCUGAUGGACAGUUUCUCAAUUCCGAGAGCCUAGACCCGUACCGCAUACCACACGCCACGUUUCGUUUGCGCGGGGAGAUCAACCGGCUCUCCAGACAUCUCGCGCCGAGCAUUCCUCGCUCCAGAAAUAUCCUCCGCAAUUACCCCUGAGCGGUCAAAUACGUCAACGAUUGGCCCGCUGCAGGGUACGAGGCAAACCCCCUACUAGCGAUUCACCGUCUCCUCCCUGUACCGGGCAGCUCGCAUGCCGGGUCAAUCUCGCAGCCGAGACCGCCACGGCGGGCGCGAGCGAGAACGAGACCGGGCACGCGAGCGCGAACGAGAGCGCCGACGAGAACGCGAUCGCGAGCGCGAGUAUAUCCGCGGUCGCUACGAUGAAGACGACGAAGGCGCGGUGUCCAGUCCUGGCCAGGCACGUGGAAAGUACCGAUUCCGCGGCGAGGAGGGCUACGACUCUUACGAUAAUGGGGAGCAGGUGGGGAGUGAUUAUGAUGAACGGCGGCGGCGGGAGAGGAGGGAGAGGAGAAGGCAACGUGAGCGCGAAGAAGAGAGGGCCUAUAGUGAUGCCGUGGAGGGACGGCGAAGGGAGAGGGAGAGAUCCAAAGCGAAGGAGUCGCCUGCUACGUCACCGAUUAAGAAGCGGGAUCGCGAACGAGAUCGGGAUGGGCAUCGUCGGCGUCGAGAUGUUGAGGAUGAAGGGAGUCCGGCGAGGGAUGUGAGAGAGAGACGGCACCGGACGCGCGGGGAGGAAAGCGAGAGGGAGAGGGAGAGAUCGCGGGAUAUCGAAUCGGAAGCUCGACGGCAGCGUCGCAAGGCGCGUGAGCGUGAAGAACGGCGUGAUCGAGAAUGGGAGCGUGAGGCUGCUGCUGCGGCGGCCGUUGCUAGUAAGCAUCGGAGUACAGAGUCGACGAGCAGUGCGUCUCAUUUGCUGAAGGCGGAUGCAAUGGCGCGAUUGGCAUCCGAGCAUGAGGAGGAUGAUCGGCGUGAACGAUCUCGAGACGAAGAUGAGGCUCGGAGGGAGCGCCGACGACAAAAGAAAAAGGCUGCGUUGGCAGGUGCUGGAGUCGCCGCUGCUGCUGCUCUUGGUGCGGAUAUCGCCGAGGGGAGACCACGGCAUAAGUCUGGUGCUCGAGUUGUAUCCGGUGCCUAUCUAGAGGAAGGUCGGAGUCCUGAAAUGAAGAUGCGCCGUCGUGGAGGCGGUGGUUCUGCAAUGGAGGAGGAUUGGAAGCAAGAGGGUAGCUGGGAUGGCAGUUAUGAGAAUGGCAACCAAACGCCAAAGUGGAAAUUCUGGGCCUCUUGGUCGAAGAAGAAGCGACUAAUUGUUGGAAGCAUCGUUGGCAUCGUGUUGGUGCUGGCUAUUGUCAUUCCCAUCGCUGUACUGGAGGCGAAUAAGAAUAAAGGCGGCUCCGACUCGUCAAGCAGCUCGUCCAGCUCGGAUUCACCGUCCAACUCAAAUCUUAAUGGGAUCAGUCGAGAUAGUAUUCCGUCAUGGGCCCAAGGCACUUAUCUUGAUCCAUUCACUUGGUAUGACACGGAAGGCUUCAAUGUCACUUUUACCAACGAGACCGUCGGCGGCUUAUACAUCAUGGGUCUUAACUCUUCAUGGGACGACUCCGCCAGGCCAAACGCGAAUGUUCCACCUCUAAACCAGAAGUUCCCAUAUGGUUCACAACCAAUUCGUGGGGUCAACCUAGGAGGAUGGCUCUCCAUCGAGCCCUUCAUAACACCAUCUCUAUUCUCAGGCUACUCCUCCAGCGUCAUCGACGAAUGGACACUCACGGAAAAGCUGGGCUCCUCUGCCGCUACGACUAUUGAGAAGCAUUAUGCAGAAUUCCUCUCAGAAUCUGACUUUGCCGAGAUCAAGGAAGCCGGACUCGACCAUGUCCGUAUCCAAUAUUCCUACUGGGCAGUCACAACGUACGACGGCGACCCAUAUGUCGCCAAGAUCUCCUGGCGCUACCUGUUGCGUGCAAUCGAGUACUGUCGCAAAUACGGAAUUCGAGUGAAGCUGGAUCUUCACGGUCUUCCAGGUAGUCAGAAUGGAUGGAACCACAGCGGCCACCAAGGGAGCAUCGACUGGAUUGACGGAACAAAUGGCACAUUGAACCGAAAACGAUCUCUAGAGAUCCACGACCAGCUGUCACAAUUCUUUGCACAAGAUCGAUACAAGAAUAUCGUGACAAUCUACGGUCUUGCCAAUGAGCCUCUCAUGCUGUCCCUCCCGACAGAGAAGGUUCUGAACUGGACCCGAGAAGCGGCGGAGCUUGUUCGCAGCAAUGGUGUUGAUGCGACAAUAGCCUUCCAUGACGGAUUCUUGAACCUUGACAAGUGGGACAGCAUGUUCAAGGAUCACCCCGACAACAUGUACCUCGACACUCAUCAGUACACCACCUUUAAUACGGGUGAGAUUGUUCUCAAUCACACUGCCAAGGUGGAAAUCAUCUGCAACAGCUGGUACUCUAUGAUUCAGGAAAUUAACAGCACCAGCUCUGGAUGGGGUCCCACUAUCUGCGGUGAAUGGUCACAAGCCGAUACCGACUGCGCAACAUAUCUCAACAACGUGGGCCGUGGCACCCGCUGGGAAGGUUCGUAUGACACCAGCUCGUCAACUGCAUACUGUCCCACGGCCGACGCAGGGACAUGCAGCUGCAGCAGCGCCAACGCCGACGUGGCAGACUACUCGACCGAGUACAAAAAGUGGCUUCAAACCUACGCCGAAGCCCAAAUGUCUGCUUUUGAGACCGCUCAGGGUUGGUUCUACUGGACGUGGCGGACCGAGUCUGCCGCUCAGUGGAGUUAUCGCACGGCGUGGAAGAAUGGGUUUAUGCCAAGUAAGGCGUAUUCUCCUUCGUUCAAGUGUGGUGAUACCGUGCCUGAUUUCUCGAGUUUGGGAUUGGCGGAGUAUUAUUGAAGUUACGGUUACGAUAUAUGUGUUAACAUUAGAAUAUUUGUCUUCUUGUUAUGUAUUUAUUAACUUGCAUCUGUAUGGGGGUUACCUGCAUAUCAUCGGGCUUUCAUGUCUGGAUAUUUUCCCAUUUUGGCUAGAUCUCUCGCUCAGAUAAUCAGUGAACUACAGGUAGUUAACUAACUUUAAGGUUGCUCGUUAAGAGGUGACUUGCCUAACAAAUAAGAGCAGG